AUCCUGUCUGAUCUUCUGGGUUGCCAAAACUGUGACGAUUUGGCGUGAGUGACUGGGUCUCAUCCUUGGUUCCUGCCGAGUAGCGAGCAAUCCCAUUAAAACCCCAAACUCCGAAGAAAAUCAGGCGGAGACAAAUGGCAAGCGAAGAUGAUUAACUGAAUGAAUGAGAAAUAGGUGCCUUUAACCAAAUCAAGAGGUAGUUCGCAGAGGUGUAGAUUUGAAAAUUAGUGUUUUUUUCUUUUUUGGCAAUGGCUACGUCAGAAGCAAUUCUACAAGUUCUAUCUGGGUCUUUGUUACCUGGCCUUCAUCAUUCUGAUAAAAGUACCAACAAUUUUAACUCGGUUCAUGCAAUUAAAGCCAAUGUCAAUAAUACAAGGGAAAAAUUUCCAGUCUCCAUGCGAGUGUUAAAGAGUUGCAGGCGGGUCUAUGCAUUACAGUGUAGAGGUGGUGUUUUUCGUGGGAAGACUGAUGUUAGUAGAGUGGAAUCUAUCGGUUGCAAAUGCCAACAGGCUGAAAGUGUGAGUGGGGUGACUGCAGAGGAUCAUAAUGAGACCUGGGUCAUGGGGAGGGAAGAAAGUAUACCAUCAGUGCCUGUCAAUGGAACGAGCAGUGAACUAAGUACUGAAGAAUUUGGGAUAGGUGAACAAUUGAAACAUGAAAAGGGAGGUCUUACUACAAAUGGCAAGUCGGCUGCAGCCGGAACAAUCAAAGAUACGAUGCUUGCAGGUAGGGUAAAUCUGAUUGAGGAUGAAGCAUGGAACUUGCUGAGGGACUCCAUUGUUUAUUAUUGUAAUAAUCCAAUUGGAACCAUCGCUGCUAAUGACCCAAGCAGCUCUAGUAUUCUGAACUAUGAUCAGGUCUUUAUUAGAGAUUUCAUACCUUCUGGGAUAGCUUUCCUUUUAAAGGGAGAGUAUGACAUUGUACGAAAUUUCAUUCUGUACACCCUUCAGUUGCAGAGUUGGGAGAAAACCAUGGAUUGCCAUAGUCCUGGUCAAGGACUGAUGCCUGCCAGUUUCAAGGUGCGCACAGUUCCCCUAGAUGGUGAUGAUUCUGCAACUGAAGAUGUAUUGGAUCCCGACUUUGGUGAAGCAGCAAUUGGCCGUGUGGCACCAGUUGAUUCUGGAUUGUGGUGGAUUAUAUUGUUACGAGCAUAUGGAAAAUGUUCUGGAGAUUUAUCAGUGCAAGAGAGAGUUGAUGUGCAAACUGGGAUAAAAAUGAUUUUAAAGUUGUGUCUUGCUGAUGGUUUUGAUAUGUUUCCUACUUUAUUGGUCACUGAUGGCUCUUGCAUGAUAGAUCGUCGCAUGGGAAUUCAUGGACAUCCUUUGGAAAUUCAGGCGCUCUUUUAUUCAGCAUUACUUUGUGCACGUGAGAUGCUUGCUCCUGAGGAUGCAUCAGCCGACCUUAUACGAGCACUUAAUAAUCGUCUAGUUGCAUUGUCUUUCCACAUUAGGGAAUAUUACUGGAUUGAUAUGAGAAAGCUCAAUGAGAUCUACCGUUACCAGACAGAGGAAUACUCAUUUGAUGCUGUUAAUAAGUUCAACAUAUACCCAGAUCAGAUCCCUUCCUGGCUGGUGGAAUUUAUGCCCAGUAAAGGAGGCUAUUUGAUUGGAAAUCUGCAGCCAGCUCACAUGGACUUCCGUAUGUUUUCUCUUGGAAAUUUAUGGUCUAUUGUAAGCAGUCUUGCGACGCCAGAUCAGUCACAUGCAAUAUUGGACCUUAUAGAAACAAAAUGGGCUCAAUUAGUUGCAGAUAUGCCACUCAAAAUAUGUUAUCCUGCUCUUGAAGGCCAGGAAUGGCGACUUAUCACAGGCAGUGAUCCCAAGAACACUCCUUGGUCUUACCACAAUGGAGGUUCUUGGCCAACAUUGCUCUGGCAGCUCACAGUGGCAUGUAUAAAGAUGGAUCGACCAGAAAUCGCCUUGAAGGCUGUUGAGAUUGCUGAGAGACACAUUUCCGGAGAUAAGUGGCCUGAAUAUUAUGACACCAAGCGAGGAAGAUUUAUCGGAAAACAGGCAAGGCUGUAUCAAACGUGGUCAAUUGCAGGAUAUCUUGUGGCAAAGCUCCUCCUUGCCAACCCAAGUGCGGCCAACAUCCUUAUAAACGAAGAGGAUUCAGAACUUGCAAAUGCUUUUUCUUCCAUGAUCAGUGGCAACCCAAGGAGGAAACGGGGUCAAAAGAGACGGAGCUUCAUAAUCUGAGUUUAAAUUUUGAAGCAGAGUGGUAGGAAGGAAACAAAUGAGAUAAAGCCUCCGUUUUAAUUUGGCCAAGAAAAAAAUAAAAAGUGUAUCCCGUAUUUUUAUCCUAUACAAGUUACUGUGAAAUGGUUUUCUUUCGAGGAAGAAAGGUUUUGCUUUAAAUCUGAAGCUAGUCUUUUUUAUUCUUGUCGCAACCAACAGUCUGUAAAAGGAUGUUUGUGUUGUUAGAAAUAAUAAUAAGCGGUAUGUCCUUCCUGUUUGGGUUUGAUAAUUUA